GCGACAUGAAGUCCCUUCGCAAACUUCUUGAAGUCCAAAAGAACGACCUCAAAACGCACUAUCAGAAACAGCUGGAAGAUGCCGUUCUCGCCAAGUUGCAGGAGUUCCAGCAGCAGUUGGAUAUCGCCGAAAGAGAAAUGGAGAACGACGCAAGAGCGAAAGAAGCGGCGAUAGUCGAUAGCUACACUAAACAAAUUGCCAGGAUUGAAGAACAGCACAAGCUAGAGAUCAACGUUCUAGAAGAGAAACAGAGGGAAGAAAUAAAAUUGUAUCGGCUUCAGCUAGCUCAGUCUAGUGAGAAAAUUGGACUACUUGAGAACAAACUAGAGUCUUUCCGACGUCGUCGCGGUCAGAUCGCGACGCAACUCCAUAGCGUGAUGGAGUCGCAGUGGCGGCAGGCGCUGCACAUUCUCACCAACGGCAACUCGGCUUCUUCGCUGGACCACACCAGGGCUGACAGCACCGCGUCGACGCCCGUGGCGCAGGACUACGGGCCGCCCAAGAUCCCGCCGCUGACGAUGCCGCCGUUCCUGGCCAAGGGGCUGCAGCGCGCCGACGCGCCGGGCGGCGAACGCGCGCUGCCCUUCGAGGCGCUUAGCGACCACGAGCUGCAGCAGUACGUCAAGCUGCUACUGACGAAACCGCCGAACCUGGACGGCAGCGGGGACAGCGCCGCCCCGCGUGACAUCACGGAAGAGCCCACCAGCGACCGGCCACUCGACAAAACCAAACCCAAAAGGAGCUUCUCCAGUAAUAAACCGCCUUGGAAGGCAUAGCACAGGGUACUUCGUACACGUAACAAAAAACAGGGCAACACCAAGAGAAAACAUCUAUACAUUUGAUUAUGAUGAGUUACAACUUCCUAACCACGGUAUGACUUUGGCUUCUUUCUUACCACGAUACGACUUUUAGUUUCUGACGACGGUAUGAGUAUUAGUUUCUUUCUAACCACGGAAUGACUUUAGCUUCUUUCUUACCACGAUAUGACUUUUAGUUUCUAACCACGGUAUGACUUUAGUUUCUUUCUAACCACGGAAUAACUUUACUUUCUUUCUUACUACGAUAUGACUUAGUUGCUUACUUAACACGAUGUGACUUUUGAUUCUUUCUUACCAUGGUGUGAUUUUUGUGUCAAGCUCACGGGUUAACAGGUUUAAGCGCCAUUCAUUAGCUUACUUGCUGACUGUGUGAUUUUUAAUCGUUUGUUAACUUUGAAUAUUAAACUCAGAUAUUACAAAUUGAUUUAAACUCUCGUGUAACAAAAUGUGAAAAAUUAUGUUCUGGUUAAGUGUUUCGCACAAAGUUAGUUAGUGUUCAAACGUAGUGCUUUUUAACCUAAGUUUUAUAACAAUUUAAUUUUUGUUCAAUAGCUUUUUCUAAACAAUAAUAAAGGAUCCCUCCCUAGAACAAAAGAGACGGCUCAAAUUAGAUAAUACAAAUUGUUAGUAACUACGUAGUGGUAUUAUUAUCAAAAUCUCGCCAAUUGACAUACGUCAACCCAGAGUUUAGAAAUCGGAAUAUUUUAAAUAAACCAGUUUGUGAAUUGCAUUCCCGUUGGAUAUAGUAUAAUGUUGACCGUUAACCUUUGUUCGUUCAGUCACUUGAUAUUAUAAGAAAAAGAAAGACAAGACCAGCAGAGAACGGUGGUGGUAUGCACUUUUAUUUCUAAGUAAAAAUCCAUGAAAUAAUUACAGCACAAACACAGUACACACAAUAUUUAAUAUAGUUUUAUGAUUUAAUACAUAUUACAAUACAAUUAGACACAAGGCUUAUUAAUAAAUAACUCUACUUAGUAACUAAAGUCUAGUAGUAAAACUAAGUCGACUGUAAUGUCCUAAAUUAUGCCCACGGGCUUUUUCAUUACAUUACCGUCCUAGUUUUAUGCUCAUAAAUCUGAAUUUAUUUCGCAAAAGCUGCAAGUACAGAAAAAAACUAAACAUUUGCAAUUUAACUAAAUUUAUUAUGUGAAUUCAAAUUCUGCAGAAUUUUUAGAAUUUCGAAAUUAUUUAUUUU